GCAAAAAAACUAUAACUCCCAGAAUCCACACCACCGGUCCAUUUCCCAGCAUUCCUUGCAAAGGAAACUGACGCCCAAGGAGAGGCUGGCUCUAUUCAUGUCUCUUUGCAUGCUGAUGCGAUUUCGAGGCUGCUACUUUGAUGCGGUUUCUUUUCUUUUUUCCUUUUUAAAACACUUUUUGACGUGCCAUUCCGCGGCUGCCUCUUAUAUCGCUUCCUCCCUUUGCCUUUAAUCCAGAAGACGGGGUGGAUCUGAAACCCUGUAGGAGAAGUCGUGGCCAAAACUGAGAAUGAGGCAUGGCUUGCCAUCAGCAAAGACUUCAAGGGGCACGUGUUCCCCUAGUGGAGGAAGUCCAUUUGUCUCCAGCGUCUUCUGAAGAGGAACCCCAGGGUGGGGACGGCCGCACAAAAUGGGAGAACCAGCAGUGGAGCGAAGGAUGCUUAAAAGCUGAAGAGGAACUGGACUGGGAGGUGGCCUCUGAUAGCAGCUCGGUGGUCUUUAUUGAGGAGUGGGGAGAGGUGCGCAGGAGGGGCAGCGUAGGAUGUGCAUCUGAUUUAGAUGACUUUGGGGAGAACUCAGCCCAUGUAGAGGCCCCGGACACUGAGAGACUCCUUGUGGAAGGGCCAGAGGCAAUCCUUUAUCCAAAGGGGCCUCCGUCAAACACUGGGUUUGCUACCGAGGAGUGUGAGGAAAUUGCAUAUCGAGGUGAAGGCUGUGUUGAUGCUGAACUGAUCCAUUUUCCAGAGGAAUCUCUGGGGAGGGAGGAGUCUGAGGAGGAAGCAGAGGACGUUAGUUACGAGGGUGGAACGCCAAUAAAGAAAGUGCCAGUUGGAGUGAAAGGCGAGUUGACCUUUUUCCUGAGACGAUUCAAUGGGGAGGAAUCUGAGGAGAUUCCUUGUUGGGGAGGAACUGCUCUGAGUAAAGCAGCACGUGAGGGAAAGUCUGAAGCAAUUGUUUGCCAAGACGGAUCUCCUAUAAGGAGAGGGCCUAGUGGGGUGGAGCCUGAAGCAAUCCUCUCCCAGCAAACCUCUCUUUCAGGGAAUGGAUCCGACGAGGAUGUGGUGGAGGAGUGGGCCAUGCCCAUGGAGGAGCUGGUUGCCAAGCAACGACCUCCGAAGCCUCGUCACAUCUGCAGUGAGUGCGGCCGUAGCUUGGCCAGUCAUUCGGCCCUCGUUCGUCACUGCCUUAUCCACACUGGAGAGCUCCCAUACACCUGCACAGAGUGUGGGCGCCGCUUCCGACAGUCCUCAGCCCUCGUCCGCCACCUUCGGGCCCAUCGGGGCGAGCGUCCUUAUGUUUGCGGUGAGUGCGGCAAAGCCUUUGGGGUCCGAUCGGCACUGGUUCGCCAUCAGCGGGCCUUGCAUUCGAGCGAGAGGCCUUAUGUCUGCGGGGAGUGUGGGAAGGCCUAUGCAGACCUUUCCAUCCUGACGAAACAUCAGCUCAUUCAUGUCAACGGGCGGCCAUUUUCUUGUCCUGACUGUGGCCAGUCGUUUGGGCAUCGCACCACCUUGACUCAGCACCGCCGAAUCCACACAGAGGAGCGGCCGUACCGUUGCGCAGAGUGUGGGCAGACGUUCCGGCAGAAUUCAGCCCUAGCGAACCACCGCCAAGUCCAUUCCGGAAGGCGUCCAUUUUCUUGCCAGUUCUGCAGCAAAACCUUUGCGGGCCGGCCUACUCUAGUCCAGCAUCUCCGGACUCACACGGGGGAAAAACCGUACAGCUGCCCAGACUGCAGCCGCCAGUUCAGCACCAGCUCCAACCUCCUGCAACACCGAAGGAACCACCUCGGUGAACGCCCCUUUGCCUGCUCUUUGUGCGGCCGCCGUUUUGCCCGGCGUCCUGACCUAGCUCGGCACUAUGUCACCCACGCCGAAGGCAGUGUCCGGCCCCACCGCUGUGGGGAAUGCGGUCGGCGUUUUGUGGAACUGACCGACUUAGAGCAACACCAAGCCACGCACCGUGGGGAGCGGCCCUACGUCUGCAGCUACUGCGGCAAAUCCUUUACGGAGGCCGCCACGCUGGCUCGACACCGCCGCUCGCACCUUCCGAUGGCUCAGCAGGCUUACAAGUGCGAGGUGUGUGGGCAGACUUUCGGGCAGAGCUCAGACCUCCUGGCGCACGGGCGGGUUCACAGUGGGGAACGCCCCUACGCCUGCGUGGACUGCGGCAAGGCCUUUGGGCGCAGCUCCAACCUGUCGCGUCAUCGGCGGGUGCACACCCACGAGCGCCCGUACAUCUGCGGGCACUGCGGGAAGAGCUACACCCAGAGCACCCACCUUAUGGAGCAUCAGAGGCAGCACACCGGUGAGCGGCCCUACGAGUGCACCGACUGUGGACUCUCCUUUGGCAAGAAGGGGCAUUUGGACUCCCAUCGGCGGGUGCACCGCCUCUUGCCGGGAUCCCAUGACGGUGCCGAUGAGCCACUGGUGGAACAUCUUGAUUCGGGAAGCCCACUGAAGCAGUGAAGGAGCCUGGUGGUGCUUGGUGUGUGUGUGUUUGUGUGUGUGUUUGUUUGGGGGGGGGGCAUGUGAGUGAGCACAGCUUAAUUUGGGCAUGACUCAUGAAGGCUUAGCACCACCACUUGUUUGAAGCUCUUCAGUUUUCCCCUGAGUCUUUGGAAUAUGGAUAAAGUCCAUGUGCAAGCAUUUUUUCUAUCUGGAAGCCUCAACAGUUGUAACAGGUUCAUGUUAUAGAAGGGAAGGAAGCCAGGUCAGGCAAAGGUGAGCCCCUCACACUAGACAUUUUACCCGUUUGCUAAAAUGCUUUGGAAUUGCCCAGGCUGGUAUUCGAUGAAAGGCUGUUGAUUGCAAUGACAGACGCCAAGCCCUUAAAAUCAAAGUACCCUGGAUUUCAUCUACCCCCUUCAGAGCAGAGGUACAACUAGAGAGGGAUCUGGCUUACAGGCCCCACUGGCUGUUCCUGGCACUGAGCUGUAAUCUCUUCCCAGAUCAAAGGAAGGCAGAUUCCCCAGAAAAGCUCCCAUGCUUUACUCCCUGCUUUCUGUUCUGACCCGUAUGGCCUCAUUCUCCCUCCCAAAACACAGGGAGGGCUUGGCAUCCUCGGCUUCUGUCGUUGACUUUUGAGAUGUACCAGGGCUUUUUUUGUAGCACGAGCUCCUUUGCAUAUUAGGCCAUACCCCCCUGAUGUAGCCAAUCCUCGCCCUGUACUAAGAAGCCUGUAAGCUCUCAGAGGAUUGGCUACAUCGGGGUGGGUGGGGCCUAAUAUGCAAAGGAGUCCUUCCUACAAAAAAAGCCCUGAGAUGUACAGAUAUUCCAUUAUCCACAUAUCAAAUCUUGAGUGCUGCUCAGCAAUCAGAUUCUGGCCUACGUUUUGAGAGGUCGCUCUGGGUUACGUUAGAGAAACAGGUUCCGGUUGGGUCGUUUCUCUUUUCUACCUCACAUCUGUUGAGCUGGCUUCGCUUUACUUUGGAAAAACCCCAAGGAUCACCGCUAUUUAUUAGAAUCUGGUAACUUAUGUCCGUUAACAGUAAGGGUUUUUUUUUUAAAAAAAAAAUUAAGUUGAUAUUAAGGGAGGUAGUUAAAAAAACCUCUCACUAUGGCCAGCAUUUCAUUUUGAAGGCUUUAUGGGAAAUCAGAAAAGCAGACUUUUGUUACAAUAAUUUCUAAGUUUGUACAUCGCCAGACCAUUGUUAGUGUUGACUGUAAUUAAUUAAAAUAUUAAAGGCUACUGCGUGCCCUGAA